AUGAGUUGCAAUUUCAUGUUCUUCUUCUCCUUCGUCGCUUCUUGCAACAUCUUCUUCUCCUCCUUCCUCUUCCUGAUCAUCUUCUUUUCUCUCCGUCUUCUGCCCGUUGCAGCUUUUGAGUUCGAUGUGGGAGAUGAUGAUGGGUGGAAGGUUCCGCCUUCUGACAAGCUUCAAUUCUACAAUUCAUGGGCAUCGAAGAAAAGGUUCCAAGUCGGCGAUACCCUCAUCUUUGAGUACAAGAAAGAUUCAUUGAUGGUAGUGAAUGCUGAGGACUACAGCCAAUGCAAUUCCUCUCACCCCAUCUUCUUCUCCAACAAUGGCCACACUGAUUUCAAGCUUGAUGAAUCGGGACCGUUUUAUUUCAUCAGCGGAGUCUCUGGGCACUGUGAGAGAGGUCAGAAGAUGAUCGUUAAGGUAUUGGGUCAAUCUCCGGCACCCAGAAACUCUCCAUCGCCGCCUGGUGGUGGGUCCAUCAACCCUCCUGGCUCCACUAAGUCGGAUGCCACAGUUCCAAUGACUAGGAUUACUUAUAUAGUGAUUAGCCGGUUGGUCAUUUCAGUCCUUGGGUUUUUGCUUCAUUGAAUUUUAGGGUUCAUGGUCUACAUUUACAUGGCAAGGCAUUGUUAGUAUAUCUUUAGUCUUGCCUUUUGUUUGAGUUGGUCUUUAUAUUAUUCUUCUUUUAUCUUA